UUAAGGGCUAUAAAAGCGAUUGCAGCUGACCUACAGGCGGUGAAAUUCACACUUCUGGCACGUGCGAAGCCAAUACACCUAGUCGUAAGUCGGCACCACACCAACGAAGGGGUUCGAUCGCCUAGUCUGAUAGUAGCUCUUGUGAUUCGUGCCAUGGAGUUGUACGAAGGAGGGUGCGAGCUGAAGCUGCUCGAAACGCUGGAAGGCCACAGCGACAGGGUUUGGAGCCUAGCCUGGAACCCAGUCACCGCCGCCGCGGGGACCCCUCUCGUCUUUGCCUCCUGUAGCGGCGACAAGACCGUCCGAAUCUGGGAGAACACUCCCUCCCACUCGGCUUCUUGGACCUGCAAGGCAGUUCUGGAAGACACGCACACCAGGACCGUCCGAUCUUGCGCUUGGUCGCCGUCGGGGAAGUUAUUGGCAACCGCGAGCUUCGAUGCCACCACUGCCAUUUGGGAAAACGUUGGUGGUGACUACGAAUGUGUUUCCACUUUAGAGGGUCAUGAAAAUGAAGUGAAAAGCGUGUCUUGGAACGCGUCGGGGACUCUACUUGCGACGUGUGGCCGAGAUAAAUCGGUUUGGAUUUGGGAACUGCAGCCGGGGAACGAGUUCGAGUGUGUCUCAGUGUUGCAGGGACAUACUCAAGAUGUUAAGAUGGUUCAGUGGCAUCCGAGUACGGAUGUUUUGUUUUCUUGUAGCUACGAUAACACUAUUAAGGUUUGGGCUGGUGAUGAUGACGACUGGCAGUGUGUUCAGACUUUGGGCGAACCUAACAGUGGCCACUCUUCUACCGUUUGGGCCCUAUCUUUCAAUGCCAGCGGAGACAAAAUGGUCACAUGCAGUGAUGAUCUUACCCUAAAGAUAUGGGAAACAGACAACAUACAGAUGCACUCUGGUGAUGGCUAUGCUCCUUGGAGACAUCUAUGCACUCUCACAGGUUAUCAUGAUCGAUCAAUUUUCUCAGUUCAUUGGUCGAGCGAGGGUAUUAUUGCCAGUGGAGCAGCUGAUGAUGCCAUACGGUUUUUUGUGGAGAACAGAGAUGGUUUGGUUGAUGGGCCUACCUAUAAAUUGCUGCUGAAAAAGGAGAAGGCCCAUGACAUGGAUAUUAAUUCAAUACAAUGGAGCCCUGGGGAAAAACGGCUAUUAGCUUCUGCAAGCGAUGAUGGUACGAUAAAGAUAUGGGAGCUGGCGUCAUUAUGUAUGGAAAACGGGCACUAGCUUCAGCAGCGUGAUGAUGAAAUAUCAAAGAUAUGGAGCUUAGCUUCACUGUGUAUAAAUGUUUACAACUUCUAAUUACAGUUUUGUGGAAAAUCAAAGAUAUUUUUAUGUUGCCGAUAGCCUCUGGCCCAAGUGGUGUUAGCCUUAGCCCCCUCAAUGUAUAAGGGAAAGGCCAGGUUUCGAACUGUGUGAUUUGGGUAUGAACUAUGAAGCGAGUUUAUCCUUUAGGAAUUGAGAUGAAAGUAUGAAACAAGAAAAUUAUGCUUGAUAAAAGCAAAAUGUAGCUGUAAUUACUCUCGA